AUGUUAAGACGGUCUACUAGUACUACUGUGGCUGGAGCAAGCUGGAAGUGGAAGACAUCACGAUCAGUAGGGCCUAGUACCAGUGGAACCAUUUCUAGGCAUCUCACUGAGAUCCUGAAUGUUUUAGCAAAUUCCAAGAAUACCGGCGAUGUUUAUUUACUUGGUAGUACAAACACAGGAAAGUCAACACUGUUCAAUGCAUUAUUACAAUCUGACUAUUGCAAGUCACAUGUCAGAGAUUUAAUUCACAGAGCUACAACAUCAAUUUGGUCAGGUACAACAUUGAAUCUGUUAAAGUUUCCCAUCAUGAACCCUGAACCAUGGAAAUUAGUAAAACGAAGAGUGAGAUUGUUGAAAGCAAAGUCUGAAGAAAUGGAAGAAAAAAAGAUAGAAAAACGAAGUACAACAGUAGAAACAAAACCUUAUUCUGAAACCAUUUUAACAGCAAAUAUAGAGGCCACUGAUUUACGAGGUGAUUUAACUAUUGAAAAAGAAGCAGAAGAAGACAAUAAAGUAGAAUUUGUUGGAUUUGAGAGAACCAAAUCUGGAGAAGUUAUUGACAAUAUUAAAGAUAGUGAUAACAUUGAGAAAAAGAAAUAUAGUGAUUUAGAAAAACAGUUUAUAAAUGUACGAUGGUUAUAUGAUACACCGGGUGUCAUUAAAACGGAACAGAUUGUUAAUUUAUUAAAACCAGAAGAAGUUAAAUGUAUAACACCUAAGAAACGUUUAAUACCAAGAGUAUUUAUGUUAAAACCUGGAGAAGUCAUGUUUAUAACUGGUCUUAGCAGAUUAGACUAUAUUCAGGGCCAGAAUCCUAUAGCCAUUACAGUAUUUACAGAUAUGAGUCUACCAGUUAUUACACUUAAAUCAAGUGAUGCUGAUUCUUAUUAUAGUAAACAUAUAGGUGGAAGCAAACUAAAAGUGCCAAUUGAUAAUACUAAUCAUCUACCAUCAUUGGUUGCACGAUAUUUUGAAUUGGUUGGUAAUGGUACUAGAACACUGACAGCAGAUAUUCAACUUUCAUCGCUAGGAUGGGUUUCAGUAGCUAUACAAAGAGCUGAUGUUAUUGGAUUACGAGUUUACACUCCAGGGGGAUAUGGUUGCCAUCUAAGAGAAACUCCAGUGUUAUCUAAUUACAAAAAAUUUCAAGGGCCUAGAAUUAAGGGGACAAAUAGAUAUAAAUGGACAAUACCAUCUUAGUGAAUCUAUUUUACUGUUUUUAUAUGCCCACAUUUUCAUGUGGAUGUAUAUUGUCGUCGCCCCUCGUUCGCAAAUAGUGUCAAAAUAUUGUGUAUCAUGGUUGUGGACCCUCUGGAGGUAACAAUUUUCAUCUUAUUUUGAUGAAACUUGAAAUGCAUAUUUAUAACCGAAAUAUCUCAGUUCCUUUCAAUAUUCGCGCAUAUUGGAUCGUAACUUCCUGAAUUAUGGCCUCUGAUUGUACGAAAAAUCGCGUUUUUAGCUUGUGGUCCCUCUAGAGGUCACAAUUAUUAUCCGAUUUAAAAAAACGUUCGAAUAUAUAUCACCGUUACACUGUAAUGUUUGUUGAGUUCGAAUUUCGUGAAAAUCGGGCCAAAACUACCGUGCAAAAUGGCUGCCCCUCGUACAUCUCGUAAAUCAAGGUUGUGGACCCUCUAGAGGUCACAAUUUUGAUCCGAUUUCGAUGAAACUUGAGAUACAUGUUUAUUACCCAAAGAUAUUGGUUCAUUUUGAUAUUCGCAAAUAUCGGGUCAGGACUUACUGAAUUAUGGCCCUUGAUUGAACAAAAAAUCACGAUUUUAGCUUUGUGGUCCCUGUAGAGGUCACAAUUAUCAUCUGAUAUACAAAAACGUUCGAAUAUAUCACUGUUACACCGUAAUGUUGGUUGAGUUCGUAAUUUUAUCCGAUUAAAAAAAAACGUGUGAAUAUAUCACCAUUACACACUAACUUCUUGGAUUAUGGCCCCUGAUUAUUCGAAAAAUCGCAUUUUUAGCUUGCGGAUUCUCUAGAGGUCAUAAUUUUUUUUCAGAUUUUAAAAACCGUUUAAAUACAUCACCAUUCCACCAUAAUGGAGGUUGAAUUCGAAUUUCGGGAAAAUCGAAAUGAAACUGCCCGACAAAAUGGCCGCUCUGUGUACGCAAAUUGUGUAGAAGUGUGUAAUACGAAGGUUGUGGACCCUCUAGAGGUCACAAUUUUUAUACGCCCAUAUUUUCAUGUGGACGUAUUAUGCCAUCGCCCCUGUCCGUCCGUCCGUCCACAAUUGUUUGUGGACUCUCUACAGGUCACAAUUCUUAUCCGAUUUUGACGAAACUUGAAAUAUAGGUUUAUCCCCGAAAGAUCUCGGCUGCUUUCGAUAUUGGCAUGUAUUGGAUCGAAACUUAAUGGAUUAUGGCCCCUGUUUGUACGAAAAAUCACGUUUUUAGCUUGUGGACCCUAUAGAGGUCACAAUUUUUAUCCGAUUUUGUUGAAACUUGAAAUGUAAGUUUAUAACCCAUAAUUUUUAUCCGAUUUAAAAAACUGUAUUAUUAAUCGGCCCAAAAUUGACAGACAAAAUGGACGCCGUUCGUUCUCAAAUAGCAUAAGAAAAUGGUAUAUCAAGGUUGUGGACCCUAUAGAGGUCACAAUUUUUAUCCGAUUUUGUUGUAAAUGAAAUGUAAGUCUAUAACCCAAAGAUCUCGGUUCCUUUAGAUAUUCGCGCAUAUCGGAUCAUAAUUUCCUGAAUUAUGGCCCCUGAUUGUACGAAAAAUCGCGUUUUUAGCUUUUGGACCCUAUAGAGUUCAUAAUUUUUAUCCGAUUUAAAAAAACAUAUUAUUAUAUCACCGUUACACCCUAAGGACGACUGAGUUUGAAUUUCAUGAAAAUCGGCCCAAAAUUGACAGACAAAAUGGCCGCCGUUCAUUCUCAAAUAGCGUAAAAAUAUGGUAUAUCAAGGUUGUGGGCCCUAUAGAGGUCACAAUUUUUAUCCGAUUUUGUUGAAACUUGAAAUAUAAGUUUAUAACCCAAAGAUCUCAGUUCCUUUCAAUAUUUGCCCAUAUCGGACCGUAACUUCCUGAAUUAUGGCCCCUGAUUGUACGAAAAAUCAUGUUUUUAGCUUGUGGACCCAUUAGAGGUCAUAAUUUUUAUCCGAUUUAAAAAACCGUAUUAUUAUAUUACCGUUCCACCCUAAGGACAGUUGAGUUUGAAUUUUGUGAAAAUCGCCCCAAAAUUGACAGAUAAAAUGGCCGCCAUUCGUUCUCAAAUAGCGUAAAAAUAUGGAAUAUCAGGGUUGUGGACCCUAUAGAGGUCACAAUUUUUAUCCGAUUUUGUUGAAACUUGAAAUGUAAGUUUAUAACACAAAGAUCUCAGUUCCUUUCGAUAUAUGCGCAUAUCGAAUUGUAAUUUCCUGAAUUAUGGCCCUUGAUUGUAGGAAAAAUCACUUUCUUGUUAGCUUGUUUUCUAUCCAUCUCUCGAAAAUGUGGGCGUAUCCUGCCUGGCAGCCGCUGGUUAUCCAAUUUUGAUGAAACUUAAAACAUAAUUUUAUAUCCGGAAGAUCUCAGUCCCUUUUGAUAUUUGCACAUUUCAGGCCAUAACUUUCUGGAUUAUUGCCCCUGAUUAUACAAAAAUCGUGUUUGUUUUUAGCUUGUUCUAUAUCCAUCUCUUCCAAAACGUGGGCGUAGCCUGCCUGGCAGCCGCUGGUUCGAUUAUUCUUCUUAAAAACAUAUAUGUAUAACAGUUAUGAAUCUGCAGACAAUGACCAAAAAAUGGGCGUAGCCACCAGAUACAUAAAUUACUUUAUUAUGUUCUGUUCAAACUAUUUAAUGGGGAGCAAAUAUUUACUCUCACUUCUCAGAUAAAUUUAAGAUAUGACAUCAAACCGGUGAAAGUUAAAUUAUGUUGCAACUGGUUAUCAUAGAAACUAUAUACAGAAAGAGUGAAAUGAUGUUAAAAUCCCACUAGAACCAAACUAUAGGGUUUUUUUUCAGGACUUUAUUUUAAUAAUUUACUUUUGGGCCAUUUUUUUUAAAAAGCAGAAUCUGAAGAAAAACUUUGCAUAGAUGAUUUUCCAUGUUCUUUACAGUACAUCUACAUCCCAGGUUUUUUUUUUUUAUGUUACCACUGUGGUUAUUCAUUUCAUGAUGAAGGAAGCAAAUUACAAUUGUGAUGUAAGAUUUGUUUAAAAGUGAGGGCAUGGAAUAUUAUAUAUUUUGUUAGGGGAUAUCCAUCUUCCAAAUGAAAUUUGAGUGUCCUUUAAAUUCUCUCAUAACCUACAAAAGAAUAAAUAACAGAUUUUGACUUCUUUGUAGUUGGUUUGGAAGUAUGUUUCAUUACCUGGCAACCUAUCUUUUAACUUUUGAUGGGCUAGUAUGAUUAAAAUGAUUACCAAAUGAAAUUUUAUAAUACAAAAUUUGUGGGAAAUCUGUAACAUAUUCGUACCACGGAUCAUUUUUAUACGCCCACAUUUUCAUGUGUACAUAUAUUGUUGUCGCCUCUGUCCGUCCGGAUGUCCACAAUUUGUUUGUGGACUCUCUACAUGUCACAAUUCUUUUCUGAUUUUGACGAAACUUGAAAUAUAGGUUCAUCUCCAAAAGAUCUUGGUUCCUUUCGACAUUGGGAUGUAUCGGAUCGAAACUUCUUGGAUUAUGGCCCCUAAUCGUACGAAAAAUCACGUUUUUAAUAUUUGAAAUGUAAGUUUAUAACCCAAAGAUCUUGGUUCCGUUCGAUAUUCCUGAAUUAUGGCCCCUGAUUGUACGAAAAAUCAGGUUUUUUAGCUUGAGGACCCUAUGGAAGUCAAAAUUUUAUUCCGAUUUAAAAAACUGUUUGAAUAUAUCACCAUUACACCUUAAUAACGGUUGAGUUUGAAUUUCGUGAAUAUCAAGGUUGUGGACCCUCUAGAGCUCACAAUUUUGAUCCGAUUUUUAUGAAACUUGAAAUACAUGUUUAAAACCCAAAGAUCUUGGUUCCUGUCGAUAUUCGUGCAUAUCGGAUUGUAACUUCCUGAAUUAUGGCCCCUGAUUGUACGAAAAAUCGCGUAUCUAGCUUGUGGUCCCUCAAGAAGUCACAGUUAUUAUCUGAUUUAAAAAAACAUUUGAAUAUGUCACUUUUACACCGUAUUGUUGGUUGAGUUCGAAUUUCAUAAAAAUCAGACCAAAACUGUCAGACAAAAUAGUGUAAAAAGCUGGUAUAUCAAGGUUGUGGACCCUCUAGUAGUCUAAGUUUUGAUCCGAUUUUGAUGAAACUUGAAAUGCAUGUUUAUAACCCAAAAAUCUUGGUUGCUUUCGAUAUCUGAUUGUACCUUCCUGAAUUAUGGCCCUUGAUGUUACGAAAAAUCGCUUUUUGUUUCGCUUGUUCUCUAUCCAUCUCUUGAAAAAUGUGGGCGUAUCCUGUCUGGCAGCCGCUGGUUAUCUGAUUAAAAAAAACGUUUGAAUAUAUCACUGUUACACCCUAAAGAUGGUUAAGUUAGAAUUUCAUGAAAAUCGGACCAAAACUGCUGGACAAAAUGGCUGCUCCUCGUACGCAAAUCGUGUAAACAUAUGGUAUAUCAUGGUUGUGGACCCUCUAGAGGACACAAUUUUUAUCCGAUUUUGAUGAAAAUUAAAAUACAUGUUUAUAACCCAAAGAUCUUGAUUCCUUUUGAUAUGCGUGCAUAUCCGAUCGUAACUUCCUGAGCUAUGGCCCUUGAUUGUAUGAAAAAUCACGUUUUUAGCUCGUGGUCCCUCUAUAGGUCACAAUUUUUAUCCCAUUUAAAAAAACGUUGGAAUACAUCACUGUUACCCCCUAAUAAUGGAUGAGUUUGAAUUUUGUGAAAAUCCAACUAAAACUGUCGGACAAAAUGGUCGCCUCUCAUAUGCAAAUAGUGUAAAAGUAUGUAAUACCAAGGUUGUGGACUCCUAGAAAUCACAGUUUUUAACCGAUUUCGAUGAAACUUAAAUAUAUCUUUAUAUCCCAAAUAUCUCAGUCCAUUUCGAUAUUCACGCAUUUCAGACCAUAACUUCCUGGAUUAUUGCCCCAGAUUGUGGACUCUAGAAAUCACAAUUUUUAACCGAUUUUGAUAAAACUUAAAAUAUAUCUUUAUAUCCCAAAUAUCUCAGUCCAUUUCGAUAUUCGCGCAUUUCAGACCAUAACUUCCAGGAUUAUGACCCCAGAUUGUACGAAAAAUCGCUUUUUUUUUAUAUAGGUUGUUCUCUAUCCAUCUCUUGCAAAAUCUGGGCGUAUCUUGCCUGGCAACCGCUGGUAUCACUAGCAACAGUCAACUACACAUAUAGCUGUUUAAUAAAUAGAUAGAACUCAAUGACCACUGAAUACCGCUUGGGUUAUUCAAUGGUUCAAGAGAGUGUAUCCCUGCGCAAGUAUUCCACGAGCGUUAUUCUAUAACUACAGGUAAAUCUCAAAAUACACUGUACUACCCAGAUUACCAAAAACAAAAUCAACAAUAACGUUAAAAUUCAUCAUAGGUUUCGCCCUCUUUUCUUUCUUUUUUUACAAAAAUUGUGGUUGCUAGUGGUGACGCCAUUACAGUUUGACAUAAUUCUGAAAGUGACGUCAUUCUGGACAUAAGUAGUACGUGUCCAAGCCAUUGAAUACAGCCAUAGGUUAUUCAAUGGCUGUAUUCAAUGGCAGUAUUCAAUGAUAUUUGCUUGUAUUUGCAUGUAGUUAUAGAAUAAUCAGUCUUAUUGAUUGACUCUACAGUUUAAGCCUAGAUAGUGUUGGUUGUUACUCAAAACAAAUCAUUUAGCAAUGAUAUGGGAAUCUUGACAAAUCUCAUAUAUUAUUUGACAAAUACACAAAUUUCAUAUAUUUUAACACUGCAUAUUUUUCUUUCAAGAGAGUUAGGAUGAAAAUAAAAACCGUUUUUAAGGG